AUGCUGCUCUGCGGACAGGAGGCGGCGGCGUCCGAGCCGGCGCGGCGGCGCCUGGCGGACUCGUCGGACAGCUACAACUUCAUGUUCUACUUCGUGAUCGGCGCCAUGAUGCUCACGUGCCUCAUCUACAACAUCUUCUUCAAGCACAAGAUGGAGGCCAACUUCCUGCGGCAGCAGGCGCUGCCCGAGACCAUGCUGCGGCAGGACGUGAUCGCCAGCGACCAGGACAUGAACAACCUCUGGGACUGCGACGUCUGCGGCUUCAAGAGCUACGACGCGCACACGACCUGCAUGCUCUGCGGCACGGACCGCGCCUUCAAGCUGCUGGACAAGAAGGACGACGCCAACUCCGCGGAACUCGGCGGCAUCGCGCCGUCCUCGGCCUCCUCCAGCGCCAAGUACGUGCUGUAUAUGGAGGACAAGGAGAACCCGCUCUCCCGCAGCGCCGUGAACAGCAGAGCGACGCCCCCGAGGCCCGGCAGGUCCAAGUCCGGAGCCAAGAUCAAUAGGGAGUUCUUCAAGCGCAAGCUCAGCGCGCUCAACCUGCGGCAGCAGUCGGCGCGCCGACGUCACGAGUGGUCGCGCGAAAGGAACGACGACGGGGAGCUCAUCUGGGUGCGCAAGAAGCACUACAUGGACCGCAAGGUGCUCAAGAGUCUGCGCACGCUCGACGGCCUGCGUAGUCAGUCGUCGACAUCGUUGCGCGACUCCAUUUUAUCUACAGGAAGUGUGAAUUCGGUGGGGAUUGUGUCGAGAAUUGUGGUGUCGCCUAAGAAUCCGACGGGCAGGUUGUCGCUGGAGACAGCGGAGGGAGCGCUGGCGACACGCUGCUCGGACAGCUCGGAGUUCUCGCAGGACGAAUUGGAACAGGUCGGGUCGCUGCCUUUUCAGCAGAAGCACGCGUGGUUCGUGCAGCACACAGCGGCGAUGGAGGUGCCGUGGGAGUACGGACACUUGCUGCUCGAGAUCGAACGUGACAACCUCCUGCACAACUCGUGCGAGCAAUUGUUGUGGGCGACGCCGGAUCAGCUACACCAGUCGCUCAGAAUCAAGUUUGCGAAUGAACCCGGUGUGGACGCAGGUGGACUGGUGCGCGAGUGGUUCACGCUUAUGACGAAGGAGGUGUUCGAUGACACGACAGGACUAUUUUACAGGAGCGGCAACGGGGACGGCCUUAUGAUCAACCCUGCAUCGGCGGAAGCUAGCGUGGAUCAUUUGAUGUAUUAUCAAGCCAUUGGUCGUUUCAUCGGCAGAGCGCUCUUCGAAGGCAUUUUGAUCGAUGCACACUUGGCGCUCCCAGUAUGCAAACACAUUCUUGGUAUUCCUAUUACGUUUUCGGACCUGGAGUUCGUGGAUAACGAUCUGUACAAGAAUCUGAAGUGGUUGCGAGACAACACGGGUGUGGAGUCACUUGCCCUGGACUUCACUGUCAAUGUUGACCAGACGUCCAAGGUCGUGGACUUGGUACCGAAUGGGUCCAAUAUCCCCGUCACGGAAGAAAACAAGAUGGAGUACAUUAACCUGCGCUUCAGGUGGAUCGUGGCAACCAGCAUAUCGCAGCAGCUUGGCUCACUGAUGCAAGGCCUCUUUUCUAUUAUUCCCAAAGAACUGCUCUCUGUCUUCGAUCACCAGGAGCUGGAACUCUUGAUCUGUGGCAUCCCGGACAUCGACGUGCUGGACUGGAGAACUCACACUAUUUAUGUGGGAGAGCGCGAUGAGCGCGCCAUCACCUGGUUCUGGAAUAUUGUGAAUGAAUUCACCAACGAGCAGAAGGCACGCCUGCUGCAGUUCACGACUGGCUCGGCUCGGGUGCCUGUACAAGGGUUCAAGGCGCUGACCAUGAACGACGGGCGCAUCUGUCCGUUCGCGAUCCAGUGCGUCAGCGUAGACGAGUGUCUGUAUCCGCGAGCGCACACCUGUUUCAACCGCAUCGACCUGCCCCGGUACGAGGCCGAGAAGGACCUGCGCAUCGCAUUAUCCCUCGUGAUUCAAAUGGAAGUAACAGGUUUCACGAUCGAGUAA